CCUUUUUUGACACGUUUCCCAGUGAGGCCCUGGCCCUUUAAGAGCCAGCUCUUCAGCAGCGGUGAGAGCAGAGAGCUGAGUGAGCCGGAGACUGCAGCACAUCCUCAGCCGCUGCCCACCUGACAGCACCGAGCACUGGACAGCCAGCACCGGACAGCCUCCCGGUUCACAUCGAUAAUCACAGACCGCGUCCUGGUCGGGAAUGGGGGGCACCUAGCCCGCUAGCUAAAUAACUAGAUUCCCCUUGAAGCGGUAAAGGCUUUCGGAGCACCAGAAAGAUGGUUUCCUGGAUGAUUUCGAGGAUGGUUGUCCUUGCCUUUGGGACACUUUACCCAGCAUAUUCAUCAUACAAGGCUGUCAAAACGAAGAACGUGAAGGAAUAUGUGAAGUGGAUGAUGUACUGGAUAGUGUUUGCAUUGUUCACUACAGCAGAGACGGCCACAGAUCUGCUCCUGUCAUGGUUUCCAUUUUACUUUGAGCUAAAGAUUGCCUUUGUGAUCUGGCUCCUCUCCCCAUACACUAAAGGCUCCAGUGUGCUCUACCGCAAAUUUGUUCACCCAACGCUGUCCAACAAAGAGAAGGAGAUAGAUGAGUACAUAGCGCAGACCAAAGCCCGGAGUUAUGACACCAUGAUGAAGUUUGGAAAGAGGGGUCUCAACCUCGCUGCUAAUGCUGCUGUCACCGCGGCCAACAAGGGGCAGGGCGUGCUGUCGGACAAGCUGCGGAGCUUCAGCAUGCAGGACCUGACUCUCAUCAACGCUGAGGAUGAGCUGUCCCUGCACACUACGGAGACCCGCAAGAGACGGGACACCAUGGACGACAUGAGCUCAGGGGCCAGCACGAUGAGCUCAGGGGCCAGCACGAUGAGCUCAGGGGCCAGCACGAUGAGCUCGGGGGCCAGCACGCUGCCCCGGGCCAAGAGCACUGCUGCACGGCAGACCCGCUCCUUGGCGUCUGUGUCCCUUGCCGACGAUGCAUCAUCCCAACACGGCUCCGACCAAUCAGACACGCGGACUGAACACUCUGAUGAAGUGGAUGAAGCAGUAGACAAAGCCCCCAAACGCACUACCAGUGUCAAGACAACCAAGAAACCUGCUGCUAAGACGGAGACUCAAACCAAGACAGUGAAGAAGCCAGUGAAGAAAAAGACCACGACUAACAAUGCAGAGACGCCGCCAUGAGACCUGAUCCAUCCAGCGGCCGACACUCUCUCCAACGCAUAUACACUGUAUUUAUAUCAAGCACUGAAAAUGUGUCACUCUUGCAGUUUUUAGAAGUGCAGGUACACUGUCUGUGGGCACCCUUGGGUUGGGAGCAGUUCUUUAACAUUGGCUUGGUUGUUGCACAUUCUUUCCUCACGCUUUGCUUACUGUGAGCUCAUCCCAGAUUCAACAGGCGCCCAUGUUUUUUAGACAAGUUUUUAGUCUGAUAAUGUUUAGGCAUACAUUUAAUUAAUGCUCCGUUUUUCUUUUACCCCUACACAUCUGUCUGUCCCACAGAGCGUUAGCUGCCCAUGUUGCAGUUUUCCAGUCUCAUUGAUUCACCUCCUGUUGCUCUCAUUGUGGCAUUCUCAAUAGAGGCUGAUUUUGGGUGAAGUAACUCCAGUAAAUACUACAUUCUUUCUCCUUCCUCACUACAAUUGGCCCCAUUUUGUUUCUUCUGGGUUACUCCUGAAUGGUUCUUAAAAAAAACUCUCUUGGUGCUUUCAAGUCUGAGUCCUCAUCUGCACUUGACCAUGAUAGAAAUCCUGAGUUGUUGUUUUCGGUGAUCACCAGUUGGCUUUAAGUUUACAGUGCCUGAGUUUUUUUUCUUUUUAACUGAGGGGAAAGAAGGUGGUUGAAACAUCCUCAUUGCUGUUUCACACGUAAAGGUCGUCACUUAUAACUACUGCUCUGCUCACCCCCCAUGUCCUAGCUUAUGCAGUUGUCUUGCUUUACUGGAGGACUUUGAUCAAAACUGUUUUGGUUCUCUAUUUUAACUUCUUGCAUAUUGGGCAUCUCAGCUUGUGGAAGAGUUCAGCUUCCCUGCAGCGGCCUGUUUACCUCCUGAGUGAGUCUGACUCUGCUAAGUUAACGUCUCGCUCUCAGCAACUUGCUUCCUCACUGCUUUAAUAUGACUUUCAUCUCAUACAGUACUGCUGAUGGAGUGGUUUGUUUAGUGUUGGCUUAGUUAUCCUGCAUAUAGACUCCACCCUGUUAUUUAACACACUUCUAUUCUUUUGGUCAUAAGAUGUUGGUAAAAAGUAUGUUUGGUUGUUCAUAGCCAGGCCUCUUAGGGUAAAGCUGUAACCCCCGUUCAAUACAGUAGUCAUGUGAGCAACAUAUCUGCUUUCAUCACAGUAGAGGUGUGUGUAUUGUUUGUGUUCAACAUUAGAAAGUCACAGAGUAGCUCUGCACUUUCCCCCUCCUUUUCCCCAGCUGCGUGGUGACACUCUGCCUCGUUGUAAUAUGUAUAUCAUAACCAGGAUUAAGCGAAGCAAUAUGGAAAUAAUUGAACCAAAAUCAACAUCAGGAGACAGAGGAAUAUGUUUCUGAUCCCCGUGCUGUUGUUCCAGAUGUGGAGGAAGUGUCAGACCAGGCUCCAGGUGUUUCUCAACAUACUGGACUUGUGUUCUGUGGUGGGCUCUUCUGGUUGCCAGCCACUGCCUUUAUGGUGGUUUCUUCCAAGAGCUCUAAUGAGAGAUUUAAAAGCAUGAUACUACUUCUGCACUCAGCACUGCUGUCUGCAGAGUAACACUAGUCUGAACCCCUAGGGGGAGACAAACCCCACCUCAACUGCUGGCAGAGUUAAUAAAUAAGAUGUGAACACAAUGUAAAUAAUAAUCUUCACUGUAUAAACAGUAUAAGCUUGCUUGCCUUACUCAUUCUCUGGGCUUAAAAACAUUUAAUGUUUUAAUAAUUUGUGUGCUUUUUUUAAUUCUUACUCUUGACCAAUCUUAUGUUUUGAGACCUGAAGAAGCUGGAACUCCAGUGUGGACUUCUGGUGUUAGACGUCUUGAUUUUUGUAUUUAAUUUUUGUAUAUUUAACAUGUUUUUUUGUAUUUUCUUGUUGUUUUUAACUUCUCUUCCUCACAAAGUAGGAAAUAACAGACUGAGUAUAAACUGAUAUUUGCACAUAUCGUGCUAAGUACUCUACUCAGACCGGUUCUUAAGUAUUUAGGACCAACAGUCUGUUUACAACAUACAAAAGACAUGAUUUCUUAUCAGGAUUCAACCCUUUGUUUUGAUCUUGUGUCCAUGCCAUUUGCAGAAAUGUGUUAAUUUAUUUCCUCUGUUUGAAAUCAAUCCUGUAUACAGGGAUUUUCAUUUGUAUAUGGUUUGUGCCAAUUCUUAAAGCUCCAUGUGAAAAAUAAUUACAAUGUGUGCUGAGACAAUGGUAUCUGACAAGGUCAUGUAUCAGUAAUGAAACUACUAAUAAAGGAAAUCAAAUCAGA